AUGGGUAUCUUACUCUGUCGAAAGAAAAAGAAGAAUGGGUCAUUAGAGGGAAUUUAGCACGAGCUCAUAAUCAAUCAGAAAAAUGUAGAUGUGUAUAAUGUUAAAAAAUAGCUAAAAGACAUGAAGAAUCAUCUCAAAUCUAUAAAAAUUAUAAAUUGCACUAGUAAUAGAGAUCGGUUUGAAUCUGUAGAUAUAUUAUUGCUUAGAGAAGACCUGCAAGUAUCAGAUUUUCCGAAAUUGCAAAGUGUCUCUAUAGACUUCAUAAGAUAUUAAGACAGUCCUAAGCUAGAUCCUAUAAAUAUCAAUAAUAGUAGCAUUAAAAUGGCUACUUCAAUAAAUUAAAAAGGAAGCAAAAUACCAGGGAUAAAAUAGAUCUAAAAUUUAUUUAAAUAAAAAAAGUUAGUUUUAAAUGAAUAAUAAUCUUAAGAUAAUACAAUACUUUCAAAUUAACUUCUACUUAAAAACGCAGACUCUCAUAUAGUAGAUUAGUUUUCGCGUUAAAAGCUUGAUGAUAAAUUAUAUGAAAAGGCUUUAAAAACUAUUCAAAAGGACAUGAAAACCCACCUUCUAUUAAGAUAUACUGUGAAUUAGGAGUAAUUAAUAAUAAAUUAACUUGCUUUCAAAGACAAGAGAGCUUUUUUAUAUAUGAUGAGAAAAAUGAAACAACUAAAUUGCACGUUAAAAACAAUAAUAUUUAAGGACAUAAUUACACUUAAAAAAAAUAUUUUUAUUACAAUAUGUUAAUAAAUGCGAGAGAUUUAGUAUUUAGAGGAAAUAUAAAUCAUUAAUACUAAUCUCAUGAGUGAAUAAGUAUUAUAAUUAUAAUAUUUUCUUUGCUGGAUGUAAAAGCAAGUUAAGAUUUUAAUUAUAAGUGGUGCUAAUUUAAUUGAUGAACACAUAGAUAUCUUAUUCUUUUAGAAAUUUAAGAUUAACGAUUUUUAUGCCUUGGAAAAUCUUGAGCUUAAAAACUGCCCUUAAUUAUGGAAAAGCGAUAAAUAUAUCUUGUUAAUGAAGCAAUACACUCAACUAAAGCUAAACUAAAGCACUUCAAACUUUAGAUAGUCUGCUAACAAAUCCCUUAAAAGUUAAACAGAACACAACUAACCAAACAAUUAAAUAGAAUUAAAAAGCAAAAGUCUUGAAUCUUCCAAUAAAGUGGUUUUAGCAAUUUAGAAUGGUGCAUAAAUAAAAUAAGAUACAAAAAUAGGGAAAAAAACUUCUAAUAAAGAUAAUUAAUAACAACAAGAGAAGUAAAAUCAUUCUAAAAAGAGCAUUGAAGAUGAUAUAAAAAUUUAAGGUUAAAUGGAUUAACAAGUGAAAUUAAUGGAUGAUCAAAAUAAAAUUGUAUCAAUUAAUGACAUAAAUUUAUAAAUUAAUGAAAAUAAGGAUAGAUUAAUUCUCCCCUAUGUGAAUAAUGUAAUAGUGGAUUUACCAGAGUAAAAAAAUACUCUUUCUGAUGAAAAAAUAGAAGAGAGUGGCAUUAAAUAAAAUAUAUAAGAAUAAAAAGCUGCAACAAUUACUUAGGUUAAUUAAUAAAGUAUUGUUGAAACUGAAGCAGCAAUGUAGAAAGAAAAAUAAAAUAUUAUUGAAAGCGAAUCUAGGCUAAAACAAAUAUACUUAGACAUGACUUAUGAUAAUAGGCAUGAAAGAUAAUUUUUGAUUGGUUAAUUUUUAUGGGAAAACUAAAUUUAAGAAUCCUACGAUGAAAAUGAUUUAGAUGCUAUAACAAACAAUGGGAUUAAAGAGAAUAAUUUAUCUUCAUCUCACUCUGUAAUCUAAGGUAAUAAUUCUAAUAUAGCUGACAAAGGAAUGACAUAAUAAGAUAAUUAAUUUUUUAAUCAGUUUUUUAAGUAAUGUAUAAGGGAUCUUAUGGAAUUAGAUAUGUGCAAAAUAAUUGAUUUUAGCUCUUUAAAUUAUUAAAAUUUUAGUAAUGACUAAAAGAAAUAAAUAUCGCAAUUUAUAAUUUCUUCUAAUGCAAUUUAAACUUUCAUAAUUCAGUAUGAUCGUAUAUUCUUUAAAGAGUUUUGUGAGCUAAUAUCAAAUAAGUAUAAAACUAAAAGACAGAGACUCUUUGAUUCUUAUGAAAAGGAACUCGUUAGGCUGAUGAAAUCUAAAAACACAGAAGAAUUUAAUUAUUAUUUAGAAAACCCAUAAAUAUUCUUUAAUAGUAAUUUGAAAAAUAAUUUAUUUAGCUUAGAAAACAUAACAAUCAUAGCAUCCAAGUUGGAUUAGUUCUAAUUUGACUCAUUUUGCUUUAUAAGUUUCUUAAGCAUGUUUCUCCUGUCAAUAGAAAUUGAUUUCCAAAAGCAACAAGUUGAAGAUUAAGUCAUAUUCCCAACUCAUUAUUAGGUUUUGGAGUAUUUAAGAAAAAUGGUAGAAAUUAAUAAUUAUGAUGAGUUCUAGCAAGAUAAUACAAAUAAUAAUGAUAGUGAUGAAGAGGAAGCUACUACUGAGAAGAACAAUAAAGAAUUUGAUAACAAAAAUGAGAUUUAAAAUUUGGAAGAUAAAAAUUCUGGGAAAAAAGGUGUAAACUAGUAAAAUAAUGAAGAAGUAAUCGACUUGUCUGAUUAGAAUAAGAAAAUUAAGAAUUCUUAUGAUAAAAUAAAGAUAAAUGGUAUAAACAGUAAAAACACAAAAAACGCUCACACAUUUAGCUCUUAAAUAUUUGAAGCAAUUAGAAAUUAUCAGAAUUUAUUCGAUUUAUAAACGUCUCUAUAGGAUUUUAAAUUAAAAAAUUUUACUUGGAAGAAUGCUUAAGGUUUUAACAACGACAAAUCUUUUAGUUAAUUUCUAUUUACUUACUUUUCUUUAAAUGCAGAUUCAAUUAUGAACUUAGAAUUUUAUAAUGCACAAAUUUCUCAUUCUUCUCUCAGCAGAGUCCAAGAAAUUAUAAAAAUAGUUUUUAGUAAAUACAAGUAUUAUAAUCAAAAUGAAAACCCAGACUUAUCUACCUCCAUAUUAAACUAUAAUGAAACUAUACAAUUAAAUAAGCUUUUAUAAAAAAAUAUUUAGACUUCUAAUAUGAAAUCUUCAUUUAGAAAUAGUGGUUAAAUAGAAAAGAUUAAAAAUUUUAAAGAGCUCAAUUUUAUGAAAACUUAGAAGUCUAUUUUAUACAACCCAUCAAAAAUAAAUUCUAAUCAGACCUUUCACUAAAAGAAUUCAAUGAGAGACGAUAAAUAAAAUUAGAUUGUAAGGGCUUCGGGAGACUCUUAACACUUAAAAGACAAUUAUCAAAAUAUUUAAAAACCUUAAAAAUCGAUUCUUGAAAUGAGUAAAAGUAAAACAAAAAGUAAAUAUUUUUUAAAUAAAUUUAAAAUAAAAUUUAUUGAAAAAAAAAUAAUAAAUGUCAAAUAAAUAUUAAACUCAUUUGGAAAGAUAUGCAAAUAUGUAGAAAUAUUAAAUGCAACUUGUUUAGAUCCUUAUGAACUUGAGAUUAUUUAGAGGUAAGAACAACAAAUAGCUGAAUAAGCUCUCUCAGUUUCUAAAAUGCAAUAAUCAAUUAAAUUGGCUAAUUAAUAAGGUGCUUUAGAAAAUCCUAAUUUGUUUUAUUAAAGAGCUAAAAUGGCUUUAAACAAUUUAGGAUAAUCUAAUUAAUUUGGAAACCCAUCAAUGUUUAAUUCAUCAUCUGUGUUAAAAUAAUCCAAAGAUAACUCUAAAAAUUAUUAAAAUAGUAGUAAUUAGAAUUGGGAGCAAGGAAAAUCGUAAGGAUAAAAUUAAAAUAAAAAUAUUCUAAGUUCAAUAAAAUUAGUUGAUUAUAUUGGAUUUUCUUUGAAAGAUGUUUUAGAGAUAAACAAUUAAAUGGAUAAUAUUACUGAGUUAGUACUAAUCAGAUGUCGUUUAUAGUUGUAAACAUUCACAUAAAUUGCUUAAAAGAUAUGCUCUUUUAAAAAUCUCAAAAAAUUAGUGAUAAGUGGCAAUAACUUUUCCGUUUAAAAUUAAGUUAUAAAAAACGAAGUUGUGAACAACAAUUUAUAGAGGUAAGGUACUAUCGAUAUGAAGAAAUCUGUAAUACCAAAUUUAGAUUUGAAAAAUGAUAAUUAAAAUUAAAAAAAGUUAUUUAAUUUCCAAAAUUAAAAGUAUUUAAAAUAAUAGCUAGGAAACAGCAUACAGUUAAGCUACAAUCAGAAUUAAAAUUAAAUAGCUUAAUCAUAUGCUAAUAUAAUUUAGGAGGAAGGAGAUGUGGAGAAGUAAACAGAAGAAAUGUUUAAAUUAUGUAUUUAGAAUAUACUUUAGAUUCAAAAUCUCAAAUAUAUUGACUUAUCAAAUAAUGAGUUAGAUGAGUGUUUCGGUUUAGUACUUUAUGAUGAAUUAGCUAAGAGAAGCUUAUAUUUCUUAGAGGGCAAAUCAAAGUAAUAAAAAGUAGAUUACAUAAAACAAAAUAAUAAUCUAAAUUAGCAAAAUUAAUAAUUAAAUUAAGUAAAUGAAAUACCAUCUAGUGAUAGUUAAAAUGAAUUUUCCUUUAAUAAUUAAAAUUAGCUUUAAACUUAAGGUUCGAGAAAGAGCGGUUUUUAUUCUAAAUUUAUAGCUUAAUAACUUAAUAGCAAUGUUAAUUAAAGAAAUACUUUAAAUGGCAAUAAAAAAUUUAGUAAACUGAGAUAAUUAAAUACUAAAUUCUUUAGCGACUCUACUGACAAUUAUGGAAAUGAAAUAUAAAAAUAAAAAACAGAAAAAUAAACAGAAUAAAAUAUACAAAAUGAAAGAAUAACUGAAGAAGAAGCUAAAGAAAACUAUUAAAAAAUAAAAAAUAGUAGCUAAGAAGAAGAUAAUAAUGCAAAUCUUUUUCAAAUUUAAUACACUGAAGAUAGGAUAUUAGAUCCAUAAUUUAAAAGCUCUGAGAAUAUUAAUUAAAAUUUAUAAAAAGAAAACUAAUUUUUCGCAGAUAAAGACAUUUAUGAUUUUUUACCUACUUUUAGAAAUUAAAGAAUAUCUUUAAAAGAACCAGUUUCUUUAGUUAUGAAUACAAAAUAUACUGCAAAGGCAAAUAAAAUAUUGGAAAAUAUCCCAGAAAAUGAUCUUGAAAGGCUAGAAAGUAAAUUUAGCUAACAAAAUUUUAAUCAGAGUAUCUAAGAUAAUAAAAAUUUAGUUGGAGGAGAAGCCUAAAAAAGAGGUUCAAAAUUAGAUAAAGAAGAUUUAUUACAUGUUCCUGAUAUUUUGGAAUUUUAUUUGCAAAAUAAUAAUUUUAAGGAAAAGACAAUUGUGAGUUUAAUGAAGCAAAUUGGAAUUUUAUUUGAUAAGUUAAAGGUAUUGGAUAUUUCUGCAAAAUCUUCUAAUCAGAAUAAAAAAUUGAAGCAGAGUCAAUCAAUUAAUCAAAUCUAAUAAUCAUAAUAGCUCUAAAACUAAAAAAAUAAGUUUUAGAUUAGUGAUUUGUAGGAAAGUAAAUUAAAUAAUCAAAUAAGUUCUGAUUUUUUGAGUGGAAAAUCUGAGUAAGAGUCUUCUUAUGAAAAAGAUUUAUAAAGUAUAGUUUCUAGUCUUCAAUAAGAUUCAAUUUAAUCAGACUCAAUUGUUCAAAACAAUAUUCCUGUUUACUAGAACAACUUAAACUAUCAAAGAGAAUAACAACUAGAAAAACUAUUUACAUAGAAUAGUUAGAAUUAAUUUUAGAAUUUACAGAAAUUAUCUAUAAAAGAUAUAGGUUUAUAAAGUUUUCAAUAGCACUCUUUGAUUGGAAAUUUAUUUUCAUUUCCUUCUAUUUAAGAGCUAGAUUUAUCUGGGUGCUUAGAAUCUGAUAAAUCUGUUGAAUUGCUUUUGUAAGAAGUGAAUGCAAUUUUAGUUUGUUAGCUAAAGAAAAUUAAUCUAAGUAGAAAUAAAAAUUUAAAACGCGCUUCAUGGAAAAGUUUAAGUGUAUUUUUCAUUUCUGAAGUUAGAUCUAUAGAAACAUUGAACUUGAGUGAUUGCUAAUUAAACGAAGAUAAAAUUUCAGGAUUAAUAGAAGGCUUUAAUGAGUUAUAAAAAGAUUGCAGUUUGUAGGAAUUAAUAUUGGCAAGGAACAUAAGAUUAGAGGGGAUUUUAAAGAAAUUUAUAUUUAUAUUGACAUAGAUCAAUUAUCUGCACUUGUAAGUCUUAGACUUAAGUGGAUGCAACUUAAAUGAUUAAAGUUGCGAGAACAUGAUUUAAGGUUUACUUUAUGGCAAAAAGAAAAGACAUGAAAUCAUCAAUAAUUACCUACUUAAUAUUGAAAACCCUCAAUAGCAAUAAGAAGGAUUUCAAAAUGAAUUCAUUAAUUUAAUAAAAGAUAAAGACAAUCUAUAAAAAAACUCAUUAGUUCAUUCGAAGAGUUUUUAGUUGAUUAAAUUGAUUCUGUAUGAUAAUAAUAUAUCAAUGAAAAUGCAACUUUUAACUUAAUACUGUUUCGUAUUUUAGAUUUAAGAAGAAGACAAUAUACUGUUUAGAAUGCAUUUUAGCAGUAACGAAGAGUAAAAGAAGUAACUAAGUAAUAUAUGGAACAAUUUAAAAGCAAAGAAAGGACUAAUAUAUUCUAAUCUUCACCAUCAUCUUUUAGAAGAGUACAGUGUUAGUUCUCAAACCUUAGUCCUAGGACCUAAUCUAUUUUCUUCAAAAAAGGUGGCUGAAGAUAUUUUGUUAAAUUGCUUAAGAACAUUUAAUUCUAUCAGAAAGCUAAAGCUCCAUGUAAAUGAUAAAAUAGUCUCUAUAAUGAAUGGGAUUGCUAAUUAAGAGAAACUUUAUGGAUAAGAAUCAAGUAGCUUUAUAGAAAAAUCUACAGUUUAAAAUAAAUAGAAAAUGUCUGUGGUAAGUGGCUAAGGGAGUAAGUAAAACAAUUAGGUAAGUAUUAACAAUUUAACAAAUUAAAGUGAAAAUUAUUCUAGUGCAAAUUACAGCAAAGGAUUUAUUAUCAUUCAGCAUGAAUAAAAAAGAGGAUCUAAAAAAAUGACUUUCAUUCCUCGUUCUAGGUUUGAACAUAAACCACACACACAAAUUUAAGAAAAAUAACCAAAAGUAUUUUAAAUUGAUAGACAAAUAACUUUACCUAAUGAUUUAGCUAAUAUAAAUUAAAAUAACAUUAAAUAACUUGAAAACUAAAGAUCUAAUAAUAAUCACUUAACAUACAUAUAAGAAAGCUCUAACAAUAAGAGCAAUAUAUAAAAUAAUUAGUUUGGAAUUAAAAAUAGACUCUAAGAGCUAUCAAACCAAAUGUAAAAGUAGAAAAAUGAAAACAAAGCAUCUUUCACUAUUUAAGGCGUUGAUUAAAACGGUGGUUCUUAGGAUAUGAUAAAUAAUAAAAAAAGAUCAAGCUCCUUAUUGAAUUAGUUGUUUUUAAGGGAUGCUUUGAUGAAAAAAAAACAAAGAAACAGUUUAACUUCAAAAAGUCCUUUGAGUCGCAAAAGUUAUUAAGAGAAUACACCUUAGAGUAUAACAAAAAAUAUGGAAAAUAUAAAUGGUAAUUUUUCAUCUUAUUUGUAAACAAAUGAUUAGAUUUUGAAUCAUAAUACCAACUAAGAAGUUAUUGGGCAUUAAAAAGAUUAAUUUCUUUCAGUUAAAAAAAAUUUAAUAAGCGAAAUGAGUGAGUAGAACUCAUUCAUAAAUGAUUUAGUUUUGGUAAGUAAUUCUGAGAAAUAAAGCAGUAAUGAAGUUGCUUUGAAUAAUCAAGUUUAAUAUUAAAAUACUAUUUUUAAAACCAUAGCAAAGGGCUCUGAUUUAAAUUAAAGGAAUGAAAAAUAUUUCAAUGAUAGCUUUAAUUUUGAAACAUUGACAAAUUUAGAAAUUAAUAAUGCGCAGCAAAUACCUGAUUAAAAUAAACACAAAAAAAUGGUCGAAAUAAAUAAAAAAUUCGAAGUGAACGAUAAAGAUAAAUUUUUUUUACAACCUCAAUCUCCUAAAAAAACCAAAAGCAUAAUUAAAAAUAAUAGAAGUAUUUUAGAGGCUGAGAAAGAUUAGUAAAAACGUAAGUCUUUUAACAGUCCUAGUUUUGAUAUUGCAAGUUUUAUUCACCCUCAGCCAUUAAGUAACAAAAGUAGUUUUCUAUUUGGCAAAGAUUCUAAUGUCAAAAAGACUUAAACAAUUAUUGAUUAACAUGAUAAAAAUAAUGCAAAUGAAAAUAUCUUUCAUUAGAAAUAGUUGUCUUUUAAAAGCAAUGGAACUUAAAUUCAAACUUAGGAGCAGAUAACAAUUAGCAGAAAUCAAUCAUAAAAUAAAGGCUAGCUUAAUGAAUAACAUAUUUAACAAAUUAAUGAAAAAAUAAACAACCCUAAAUAUGAAAAUAGUAUAAUCCAUCUUUAAGACAUUGAAAGUCUAAUUUUACAUUCAGAUGAAAAGGUUGGUAUUGUGAAUUUACUUGAAUUUUUUUCAGUUAUUGCUGAUAACAUAAAAAUUAUAGAUUUUUCAAAAAUUAUUAUGAGUCACUCCAUGUUUGUUAGAGUUGCCUUUAGGGUUUUAGAGAUAUUCGAAAAUAUAAACUAAGUUAAAUUUGCCAAUUUAUAACUACAACUCAAUAAUGAGCAUUUACUUAGAUAAACAGGGUAGGCUUUACAUUAUAUAUUUACAACUCCAUCUAUAGACAAGCUUGAGUUUUUGAAUUGCUAAAUUACAGAACAAUUAAUAGAAUAUAUUAUUUACCCUGAAGAUAAAGAAAAUGAACCUUCAUUUUUUGCGAAAGAUGUAAAUUUCUCUAAAAAUAAAAACAUAUCCUUUUCUAAGGAAGAAAACUUGAUACUUUUAGAAAAUGCAGAGAUUCUCAAUCUAAGUGACUGCAAUUUGAAUGAUAAAAAAAUAAAUAUUAACAUAAAUACAUGGAAAAGAGAUUAUCUUGAAAGUUUAAUUGAUUUAGACUUGUCUUAUAAUAAAGCACUAAGUCCUAAAUUCUUCUGUAACCUUGGGUAGUAUAUUAGCAAGAAUAAAAUAUUAUAAAGGCUUAACAUUUCUUAUACAGGCAUGUACGUUGAAAAACAGAAGCAAUUCAGUUACGGAUUACAUUACAAAAACGGAAUUCAUCAUUUAGCUUUAUAAAAGUUGAUCAUCAAGGAGAUGAGAUUUUGUAAAAAAGAAGGUACUUUGAUGCUUUUUAAAGCACUAUCAAAAUUACAAUUCUUAGAGGUUUUAGACAUGAGUGAAAUGCAAGUUUCAAAUUAUUAGGAACUCGAUAUUUUGCAUAACUACCUAAGACAUGAAUAUAUUGGAAAAUUUACAAAAGUUAAAAAAUUCUACCUUUAAAACUGCUAAUUCUUGUUUGAUACUAUUCCUUACUAUGACUUUAACAGUAAAUAUUCACUGUUGGAAUAUAAUCACUUUUCUCUAUUUUUACUUACCUAAUUCGAGAAUAUAAUUCUUCUUGACUUGACUGGCUGUUUAAACUCAAAGAAAUUUUCUAAAAAAUUCUUGUAAGAAUUAGAUAUUAUGAGAAGAAAAAAACUGUUUAAUAGCACAAUAAAAAGUUUAAAUAUUUCUAAAAAUCUUAUCUCUGCAGAAGAAAUUCGAGAUUGUGUUUGCAACAUUUUGUUUUUGUUUAAGAACCUUUAAAUUUUAUAGAUGAGAUCACUUGUUCACUACGAAUAGAAUUACGUGUAAAACAUACUAGAUGGUCUUGAUUCCUUUUCAUACUUUUAAUUUUUGCAAAAUUAGAACUAUUAAGAUAAAAAAGAUGCUGAGUAACAAGGAAAAGAAAUAGCUGAAGCUUUUUUAAAGAUAAAAAACUAGCCUCUUGAUUAAUUACCUUAGCUAGAAUUCAAAGACAGUACAAAUAAUGUGAAUAGAAGUAAUAUGUAAAAAGAUAGCUUUUCUAGUAAAUUUUACUCGUUUAAUAGCAGUUAAUUACGCUAAUUGAGCAAUUAAGAGGGGAGCAUAUCAAUAAAUUUAAGUGAAUUAGUCAUUUCUGAUAUUUCAAAUGAGUUGAUUCAUAAUAAAGGAAAUAUAGAUAUGCUGCUUGAUACUUGGGUAACAAACAAAAUUUUUGCUAAUCUAAAGAAAAUAUUUAUAUAUGCUGAGUAUACCUAAGUAACUAAUUUAGUCAGACUUUAAAGUUUAUAUAAUGACUCGCUCCUAGAGCUGAAUGAAAAGGUAGAAUAGCUUUAGAUUGAACCAAACUCUGAUUUUGAAAUAAGAUUUAAAUUUAAAGAAUCACAGUAGUUGGUUGUAUUAAAACCAGAAAAGAAAAAAAGCUAAUUGAAUAGUAUCAUUAACAAAGAAGAAAAAGUAUUAAAAAAGAGUAUUUACUUUAACAGUUAAAUUGGAUAGCAAAGUGGUGGUAAAGACAGAGAUUUUAAGAAAUCCCUCACUAAUAUUACUUAAAGAAUAAGUUAGCACGGUGCUGUAAGCACAGCAUAGGAUUCACCUUAAAUAUAGAAAUAAUGCGUUUCCUCAAGCUUUACAAAAAUGAGACUCGACUAUUUGGAUGAAGUUAUUGAAGAAGAGGAAGACAUUUAAGCUUAGAAUAACUUUAAAAAUAGCUUUCUUUCAGAAGAAGUAAAUAAAAAUAAUUAAAUAAAGCAUUCUCACUUCAGUAUAAAUGAGCAAAACGAGUAUCUCUUUCACUCUUUUUCUUCUGAAAACGAAGAUGAUUAAAUUCAAAUCUGGAGACAAUUUUAAUCCUUUUUGAAGAAGCUAAGUAAUCCAAAACUUAAUAAUAAAACACACAUCAGCCUUAACUAUAAAGAUCCUAAACUCAAGCUUCUUUCAAGUUAGUACAAUAUAUUUAUUGAUAAUAAAUACGAAUUGAACACAAACAUGAACAUAUUAUUCAAUGGUAUUGACUCUCUAUAUCUCGGAAACAUGCUUUACUACUUUUUAGUCCAAAUAUGCUCAUUUAAACCAAAAGCCGAUUUAAUAGAUUUUUUAAUAAAUCUCCUCAUAUUUAUGUCUUAAAAUAAAUUCCAAGACCUAACAAAUAAAAUAAUAAAACUUCCUCCAUUCUUGAUAUUGAAUGAAGAAGAUGCUUCAAGAAUUCAAUCUGCAUUUAUGAACAUUCAAAUAUUUUCUUCCCAAUAAAAAAAAAUGUAAACUAUUAUAAAUUCUUUAGGUUAAAAGGAAAAACUAACUUUCUCUUAAUAUGCGAACACUCCCACUAAAUAAAUCUCUUUGCAAUCUAGAAUCUCUAACAGAGACGAAAGUGGGUUAAUAUAGUAAAGAAAUAGACUUGCUUCACAAUAAAAACACUAUCUAGAUAAAAAGAGACAGGAAUAUUCAAGUGUGACAAAAAUAUUUUCAAAAGGGUUGAAUAUGUUAAAGAAAAAUGUACAAAAUAGGGAUUCCUACAAAAAUAAAAUAGUUUGCAAUUAUUUUUACAAGUCAAGUUAAGGAUGCAAGGAGUAUAUUGAAAUAGAAAAAAUUAAAAAGAUGCCUCCUAGCACUUUAAACAUAGAAAAUUUUUCCAUAAACGGCUUGAAGUCAGUUUAUAUGAUUUGUUACCACAAUGACUAUUUUAUUAAGGGAGAUAUUGACUAUGAAUCUAUUAUGUUUGUCAGCACCUCUUUAGCAUUUUCCCUCCGUGAAUAUUUCUAUUAGCAGUAUACCUCCUAAAAGCGUUUCUGGUUUAGUUCACUACUUCAUAGAACUAUGUAUUUAAUAAUGGAUAUAUUCGUCGAUAUUGACAGCUAUUUUAAGUACGAUGAAUCGAUAGAUGCUCUAGAUAGAGAUUUAAGAAACAGCAAAAAAAGCAAUUAUUUUUUCAUAUUCAUGAUUAUUACUCUUUAAAUUAUUAUAUAUAUACUCACUCCAAUAUUUUCUUUUAUCGAUAUUGGGCCAUACGACAAUGAUCACCUCUCUUAUAUCAUACACUCAAUAUUCGCAUUAUAUGCAAUUGUGAGCUUUGUUUUUGAAAUUUUCUACAUGAGAAAAGUUCUCAUUCUGACUCGACAUCUCAUUCCAGAUAUUAACUUAGUCCACUAAAAUAAUCUUAUUGCCAAAGUUAGAGAUUAUGUGUAUGAAAAGAUUAUGAAUAUACAAAUCUUCAAUUAUAAGGAUAUUCUUUUUUAUCAGAAAGUAAUCUUUAGUUUCUUAUCAUAGCUCGAUGCAUACUAAGAUGUUUGCUUCAUAUUAGUCACAUACCACAAAGAAGACUACUUAAUUGCAAUAUUUGCUUUAAUUGUGCUAUCCUACACAAAGUUUAUAGAAAUUAUCCUUUUCUUUAAAAUGAUAGAAAAAACUUCAUACUCUAAUUUAUUCUUUUAUAACACUAACAUAAUUUAUGAGUAUUGCUAAUAGACUUAUUUAGAAGGGCUCUCAAGUAUUCUUGAUGUUAUCAGUCCACACAACGUUAUUAGAAUAACAGACAAUUUCUUUACCAGUAUAUUGUUCCCAAAAAAAGCUCUAGGCUUGACAAUUAAUAAGUAAAUAUUCCAUAGAAUCAGAAAGGUUGUCACCUGCGAUUUGCCAUAAAUCUUAUUAUAAAUCCUUUACAUUUUCAGAAAUAUGUCAAAAUAGUCCACAACAGUUUAGCUCUCUAUAGCAUUGAACAUUAUUUCACUGAUAAAGAGUAUGUAUGUACUCCUUACAAUAAAGCAGAGUGUGCUAAACUAAAUGGAUUUCGACGAGCUAUCAGAAUAAAAAUCAGAAUUUUUACAAGAGCAGUUCCUUCAAUACCAGCAUAAAGAAAUUGAAAUGUUUGAUUAAAUUAACAACAAUGUUUAAUAGUUUGAAGAUAAAUAAUAAGAAGAAUAACUUAAAAGCAUAGCAUCAAGUAAUGUAAAUUAAGAUAAAAAUGAGUUACUUUCAAGUAGCAAUCAAUAAAAAGUUGUUAAAUUUGAACCUUCUAUACAAAAAGCCACUAUAAUUUAAUGA